UAUUUAUUUUCUUUUGCUGGGGUGGCAGCAUUGCGCCUCCUUGAUGUCACAAGUAUUAGUACCUAGUGUACAUUUAACGGAACCGGUUCGGUUUUUGCCCCGGUAAGCCCCCCAUGCAGCUGUGAGCAGCGUCGCUGUGACUCAGUGAAGCCGUGUGGGAGGAGUUAAAGCAAGAUGGCUGCGGGUGAGGGAAGAGUGUUUGAGAAAUCAUCAAAUGGGAUGUUUAUCUGUCGCUAACAGGAUGCACAACUGUCCCGAAGAAGGAGUGGUCAAUUUGUUAGCGUCGCCGGGUCAGAGUGGAGCAGUUCACCGGUUGUUUCUGCGCUGUGUUUGUUCCCGUCAGCCGUUUAUUGCUCUGACAUUGUGGAAUUCAUUAACGGCUAGGCGUUAGCAGGCAGCUAGCAAGCAGGUAGCUAUCCGAGGAAAUCUCCUGUCUACAACUGCUGAGACUCCUGCAAAUAAACACGAGUGGCGUCCCCGUCCUGACUGGCUAUGGAGUGGAGUUGGCUUCAGACUGGAUGACAGGGUCCACAGGGAGGACAGGAUAAAAAAGUCUCUAAAUCAGCAACACGCUUCCCAUUGGCCCCGGCUGAUUGGCAGUGACAGCUCGUUCAAGCGUCAUCCUUUUUCUCUGAUUGGGAUCACCUCCCCUCCCCUCCCCCCUCUCUGUCCCUCUUCUCCUACUUUUCCUUCCUCCUCUGUCCACAUCUUGUCCUUUAGUUCCCCUCCUGAGCUCUCUCUUUCUGCCCUGCCCGCAUUGUCUCUGUACUCAAACUUUCUCCCUCCCCCUGGUUUUUGAGUCUGUAAGGCCUUUCACCUGCCUCCCGCCGGGUUUGGAAUGAGCUGGCUUAGCAGGUUGAACCCGCGGUCCGGCCGCAGCGCCGUCCCCUCCGCCGCCCCCUCCAGCCCGUGCACUGCCGACCCAGAGACCUGCCUCAUGGUGUUUGAGAACCACUGGAGACAGGUCUCUUGGGUCUUGGAUCAGCGAGAGACGUCAUCCUCGAACGACGACCUGACAGCGGUGCGGAAUAACACCGACCAGAUGUUAUGUCUGCUGGCAGAGGAGCGACCCGCUGAGAGCACGGAGGGGGGCCCUCGUGUGGCGCCCAUGGGCCCCAUACUGGAGCUCGUCGUCACAGAGAACAUCCUGGAGCGCCUGGUUCAGUGGCACCUCCGGCGCGGCCUGGACCCAGACAGCCAGGGGGCUCUGCUCAAGUUGUUUGAAAUGCUCAUCGGCCAGUCCCAGCAGCCUCUGCUGCAGCACACAGCCGUUCUUCACCCCCUGUUGAGGCUGCUGGGAGCAUGUGCUGACCCAGAACUUGGCUGUCCCCUGGCCUUGGAGAACAGCCUAGUACUGCUGCUUAAUCAGGUUUGUGUGUCCAUGGCUCGGCAGCCGGUGGUCCUAGAGAUGCUGUUCCAGGCUGCUCCGGCCCAACAGGGUUCCACCAAUCUGCUGAUCUUCUCGCUCCUAGUGCCGUUCAUCCACCGGGACGGAGCCAUCGGGCAGCAGGCACGAGAUGCGCUGCUGCUGGUGAUGGCGGCAUCAGCAAGUCACGAGGCAGUGGCGCGCUACAUCGCUGAAAACUCCUAUUUCUGCCCGGUGUUGGCGACAGGGCUCAGUGCCCUCUACUCCUCUCUGCCCAGGAAGAUCGAAGUGCGAGGAGAUGACUGGCACUCCCUGCGGCGGGAGGACUGGAUGGGUGUGUCGUCGCUCGUGCUUUUUAUGAACUCUUUGGAGUUCUGCAACGCCGUGGUGCAGGUUGCGCAUCCCAUGGUCCGCUCUCAGCUCCUGGAUUACCUCCACAACGGCUUCCUCGUCCCCGUCAUGGGCCCUGCCCUGCACAAGUCGUCGGUGGACGAGAUGAUCGCCAGCACCGCCUACCUGGAUCUUUUCUUGCGCAGUGUAACGGAAACAUCACUCCUCAAAACCUUCCUGCGCUUCAUCCUGCUGCAUCGCCAUGACAAUGACACCAUCCUGGACACGCUGCUCACGCGUAUCAGCAGCAAUUCAAGGCUCUGCAUGGUCUCACUGAGUCUCUUCAGGACUCUCCUGUCCCUGCAUUGUGAAGACAUCAUGCUGCAGCUCGUUCUCAGGUACCUUCUGCCCUGUACCCAUGUAAUGCUGAGUCAACGUCGCGCUAUCAGGGAGACGGAUAUGUACGGAAAGUCGGCGAACAAGUUCCUGUCCCUGAUUCCGGAGUGCUGUCGGCUGAAUGCGGCGAGCUCCGCCGAUCGGGAUGAUGAUAAUCCAUUCUGGGGCAAAGUACUGACCAAUCCAAGCACUGAAGCUCCAACUCCACCCAGACCCAGCACCCCUUCCCGCUUAUCGUUCUUCAUGUGGCAGCAGAGCAGCGGCGGUGGAUCAGGAGGAGGGGGCUCUUCUAACCCCGCCACUGUGGAUCUACUGCACUCGGGUCCAUCCGGCCCCCACGCUUUGUCCCCCGAGAGUCCGAUGCACCAGCAGCAUACCCACACAGACUGUCUAGAGUGGGAUGCGGGCUACCUGGAGUACCUCAAGGAUGCACGUCGGGGAAUCGAGCAUUGCUCCUGGGCCUGCCGUGAUUGGUCUGCACCUUAUGAUGGAGAAAACCCUUCUCCGAGCGCAGCCCCUGCACCUCCGCCUCCCCCUACCUCCAAUGCCUCCAUGGCUAUGUUCCCUGAGCACUUCUCUUUCCAGCAUGGAGGAAGCAGUAACACUCCUCCAGCCCAGCAGAGGGCUGCAGCGCGGUCAGAAUGGAGCAGUUCGGACCGGGACAGUGGGGAAUGGGAUGUUACGAUAGGCAAGAACAACUGCAUCAGCCUCACGCCACGGUCCAAGAAGCGCACCCUGCAAACGGAGGAACUCCUUCCUAAACCUGUGCCGCCUCUUGUCCCCUCCUUAUCCACAGCCUCCUCUUUAUCAACUUCACUAUCCAGCUCUUCUCCAAGUCAGCACAUUUCUACGUCCACCAUCACUGUGAGCUACCAGCCUAUGUAUAAUGGAACAAUCGGGCAGGGGGACGGUUGUUCUGACAGUCGGGAUAGAGGGCUAGAAGUAAAGAAAGUUAAAAGAGACUUGGGAGAGCAACAGUUCUUGGAUGAAAAUCCCAAUCAAAACGGAUCUCCCAUCUCCUACCCCUCCCACAGUCGUGCUACUGCCCCCCAGUCUAUUUUCAGCAACAGAAACAGCAGCGAAGUGAAACCUCUUCAGUUUCCUACCCAGGUCUCCGUCCCUGAUACCAAACAGCUGACCAACAACACCUCAGGCCCAUACAGCACAUCCUCAGAGCUUCCAGAAACCAUCCAAUCACAACAAUCUGUGGAGCGGCUCAUUGAAGAACUGUUGGAACAGGCUCCAGACGACCCCCAGCUCCCCGGAGAUGCCAACGGUCAGGGCAUCAGCAUCGAGGCCUUCACCCAGGAGCUGAGAGAGCUGGAGGACCGGGUGAAGGAACGAAGCCAAGCCGCCUGCCAGCUGUCCUCUGCAGCUGCAGACUCUCUGUCCGCUGAGCAGCAGGAGGAAGAACAGCUUUCCACAGCCCUGCAUUCAAAACUAGCUGGUGACGUGAAGGGAGAGGGAUCUGAGGUGGGAAUCUGUAGUCCUGCCAGACCACUUAACCAGCCUGCCUCGCAACCAUAUACCGGCCCAUUUAUGGUGGUUCUGUUUGCCAAGCUCGAAAACAUGCUCCAAAACUCAUUGUACGUCAACAUCCUGCUCACUGGCAUCGUUGCCCAGCUGGCCUGCUAUCCUCAACCCCUCCUACGCUCCUUCCUGCUCAACACCAACAUGGUCUUCCAGCCCAGCGUCAAGUCACUGAUCCAGGUUUUAGGUUCUGUGAAGAACCGCAUUGAGGCAUUUGCAGCUUCUCACGAAGACUUCCCUGCUUUGCUGAGGAAAGCCCAGCAGUACCUGGUGGCUCGAGGGAAACUGGACUGGACUGACAUACCUGCAGCAGUUCCCCCACUGCGGCGCUCUGAUUCAUUAGUAAAAAGUCGGAAGCCGUCUCUUGGAGACCUGAUCCUUCGACACACCAAUAGUCCCACCCGGGCUCGGCAAGCCGCUCAGUUGGCGCUCGCUCAUGUUCGGGACGGCGGCCAAUCACUGCACAGCACUCUGUUCCGGGGCGGCAGUGGCUCGUCUGGGCUGGAGAAGCAAGCCGAGGCGCUGCGCGUGAAAAACGCAGUCUACUGCGCGGUUAUUUUCUGCGAGUUCCUCAAAGAGCUAGCAGCCAUGGCUCAAGAGCACACCGUCACUUUACCUUUCCCUCAGAGCCAGAAGGCUGAAGAAUAGAUCGGUAAACACACACCCAUAAAACUUGGCUCUUGGCUUCCUCUUUCUUUGUUUUUGAAGCCUAAAUGUAUUUCUCCCUUCACCAGACUGGAGCACAGAGACUUUCUGUCACUAAAAUAAUGGUCUGCACUGGUGCAGAGAGAAAACCAGGCGUGGCAUUUUUCUACCAAAAUUAUUAUAAGAUACUUAAAGGACUGGAAAAUGAAGAGUUUGUUCAUAUCAUGUAUUAUAUUUACAUUCUGUACACAGGAAGUCUCAGUAAACACUUGAGAUUUAGGAGCUUGUAAAUACACAUACCAUGCCAUGGUAUCAUGUGACAGUAAAGCCACAGAUUAAAAGAAGUAGGUGCACAUAUUGGUGCUAGUUCAUACUCCUUAUGUUUUUAUUUGAAAGGGUGCUCUCAGGUAGCACAGACACGAAGGUUGCUUCCUCAUCAAAAUGGAGACAAACACCAAAUAUUUCUUGGCAGGAAAACGUUGAAAGUAUAUGAGAGUUGAUAUUUAUACAUCAAGCUCAUCUUAGCUUUCAAUAAUGCUUUUUAUCUCUAUUUAGGACUGGUCGAUAAAGACCAGGUCCGACUUGAUAAAAUUGUCAGAGCCCAUUGUUUUAAAAGAAAAGCUAAAAACUGGAAAAAACAAAGAUUGGGAGAACUUUUUUGUUUCUGUAAAGGAAUUACAACAUGAACUGAAAAGUGUUUCUUAAUUAGUAAUUGUGCCAUUUUUAUGUUUGAAAUGGUUUUUUUUCUAUUAAUUUGCACCAUUUACUUGACAUAUCAGCAGCAUGUGGGUGUAGGCAUGUGCCGUUGUGCAAGUUUAUUUUAAUGAAUGACUCCUUUCCAAAGGGUGACAGCACUGUGUCAAGUCAAGUUUGUAGUUAUUUUAGGAGGUCUGUGAGUUAGUAUUGUUUAUUUUCUAAGGAGCCUGGGCAUAUUUUCAAUUGACUUAGAAUUGGUGAAAACAAUCUCUUGAGGCAUUCAAUGUUCUCAGUUCUUUAUUUUUAAUAAUUGAGCUACAAAUUAAGUUUUGAAGAAGCCAUCUCGAUUCAGUUUGAACUUUUUUCUUUGUCUUGUGUCUUGGUUAAAAAAAAAAAGCCAGACUAAUCAAAGUUUUUGUCUUGAAAGUUAACAUGCUGCUAUAUAUGUUUUUUAAACACUAACAUUGAUUGAAUUAGUGUCAUAGCUACUUUUUCUUCAGUUUGUUGUGAGGUACCAAACAUAAAUGUGCAUACCAGGAUGUUCAAGUGCCGAAGCCAUUUGUGAUCAAUGGUUGAAUUAAGUUGCAGUUAUUCAGUGUUCGAAGCUUUUGCCAAGUUUUCCCUUCAUUUACUUAAAAAAACUGUUAAUUUUCUUUUAGAAAAUCAUUUUUUUCCUGCACUUCUAAAAAAAUUGAGAAAUCUUUUAUAAUAGAGAUGCACUGUUCUGAAUUUUGUGGCUGAUUUCUGAUAUCUGGGUUUUGUGACGGUUGGACCUGCAAAUAUUACAUUUGUCCCAUGCAGAUAGGUUUUGAUAAUGGCAAAAGACAAAAAAAAAAAAACAACAAUUUUUUUCUAUCCUCCUUGCUGUGUGGCGUCUUGAAUUAUUUAUAUUAGAUGCAGAAGUGUCAUCAAACUGUGUGUGACUGAGCAGAACAGAACUUUACUAUUAUUUUAAACGCCUCCAAAAUGAUUUGACUUUUCAAAAUGUCUUUCGCAUCUUGUAUUAGCAAUUAUCACGGUUAGCAUGGCUAGCAUUGCUAAAACAGCAUCCUCUGCUGUUUAUUCGCUUGAGAAGGUAGAUCCUAAGGCCUAAAUGGAUGAUAGCAGAACAACUUUGAAUAAUACGUUUAGCCUUCCUGUUUUUUGCUUUAUGUCUCGCACUCUCUUCCCCUCCUGCAGCCUGAGUGAACGCCACAGGCAUGUCUCAAUGUUUCGUUGAAAAUCGUAGCUUCUUACACCUCUCUGCUUCCCGACUUUGUUUUUCAACACCCCAGUGAUACUGAAGAUAGUUAACGUUGAGUCUUCUUCACUCAGGCAUCCACACAGCAGAGUGUUGUUUUCAGCACAGAGCAGAAAAAGAUCCGAUCUCUGUUUUUCCAGUUUCCCGGUCAUUGGUUGGGGCCCAUCAAGCUGAAAAUUCUCUGUGCAUCUCUAUUUUAAAUUAUGGAGAACCUUUAGAGAACCGAGUGACAUGAUCAUUUGUCUCAGCUUUUCACUGUGGAACAUGAACCUUUGCACAUACUAGCUUUCUCUUUCUCCAGACUCCUAGCAGCAGAGAAACUGCCUGAUGUCCUUUAAAGUCUUUUUCUCUGAGGUCUACAAUCUUUUCACAUUUUCAUCUUUACCUAAAAAAGGCUUUUUCAGCUUGUGAAAGCCGUAUCUUUUAUUAUCAGGUUUGUAAAUUUGGUACUUCAUUACGCCACUUUUCUACUGAAUUUCUAGAUCCAUCUCAUACCACCCAUAGUUUUUAUCGAACUGAUACUAAAACGUUUUUGCAUGCCAUUUUAGGGCAGGUUUAAAGAAAUGGAGGUUUAUUAGUGUUUGUGCAGUAGUAAUGAGUUUUUGUCUUACAAGCCAUCCCUUUACCUGCAGAAGUGGGUGGAGAGAACACAAGCAGAUUUUACACUGACUGUUUCUCUUUCCAUGUAAAGUUUACCCACUGCCGUCCGUCCAGCCUUCGCUUCACUCAUUCUGCUCUACAUCUCUGUGGUCAGUGGCCUCGGCGCUCAUCGGGUUCCUCCUUUUACGCUCAAGGUUCUGUUCUUAACUCGACUUUUUUACCAGAUGGAACUGAUUGUAAGGUUGAUUGUAAAAAUUCUCAGCGGAUUCGCCGUAGUGUCACUGGAUCAGCUCGUUAUCGACCAAGCACAUACUUACCGUCACUGAUCUGUUUCUCUUUGACGCAUUCAUGGACACCAAAGACAUUCGCCUGAAACCCACAUCUACCCUCAGACAGUUAUGUCCAUACACUGUCAUCAGGAUGCUCCAUGCAGUUAUAAUUUAGAAAAAAAUUACUUUAACCUCAUUUAGUAGAAAGUGCCAAUUUUGGUUUUGAGGCUUGAAACAAAUGAACCCGCCAGUCAUAUAUUUGUUUCUGAGAGUUGCCUUUAUGUGCUUUGUAUACACUCCCAGAGUCAUUUGACACUAUUAUUAAUUUCGUUUUUAUUUAAACAAGUUAUAAGACAGAUGUGAAUUCAUAAGGAGGCAUUUAAUGAGAAUAUGUCCUACCAGGGACUUUCAUGUCUUCCUGAUCUGUGAAAUCCACCUUUUAUUGUGCGCAUAUGCUUAUUCUGUGUAACAAAACCCAAUGACAAAACAAAAAAUUAAGAAAUAAGAUAUGACAAGUUUAAUCAAAGCUCCAUUGUUCCUGCAAUUCAUUUUUCAGCUUUACAACCGUUGCCUCUCGCUUUAGGCACUCCCAGCUAUCACAGUGGUGAUUGUGAAAAGUGUUUUUAAAACUAGAAAAGACCAAUGAUAUGCAAAAUCAUUGGCAAAUGGGUGCAGGAUUUGGACCAAUCCAACUGAGCUUUUCAAUCAUUUAGAUCCAGGUUCUUUAAUUUUUGUGGACUUUUUCCUCAAAGUUAGACUUCAGAGAUGAAAAAAAGUUUUAUCUGUUUCGACAUUUUAUUGUCUGUUUUAUUUUAUCAGAUUUGUAUUUGGAUUAACUGACAAACAGUGAUGAUUGGUAACCUAAAGCUAGCGAUCAGCACAUUAUGUGCAGUGUUGCAUACUUUUACAUUGACAAAUUUAUUCACUACAGCUGAUCUCAUAUUCAUUAAAAUUCAAAUUAUUUUAUGAUUUUUGUCUACAUUUAGAACAUCUUACAUCUUGGCUUCUCUGUAAACAUGCAAGCUUUUCCUGUCAGGCUGAAGUUUAGCUCCACUGUCAAAUAGAUGUUUAUUUUUUAGUGGAUGAAGCAUAUUUGUUUUAUGGUAUGUUCUUAUUGUACCAUGUUUGUUUUCCAUCAUGGGAUGUUCAGUCUCGUCUGCAUCCUCUUGUUUCUCCAACUUUUCAUCUACCGUGCAAUCUAUGCAACACCUGCUCUGGUAUCCCCGCUUUGAAGCUGAAUGAAGAUGUGGAAUGAUUUUAACAUGUAAAUACUGUAUAAAAAAAGAAAAGACCAGUCGGUCUAAAUGAGAUGUGUGGAAUAGCCAACGGGAAAAAAUGGAAAUUGUUUUCAAAUGAUGUAACAAUGAAUGUUGUCGUAAAUAUUUUUUUAUAUGUCCAAAUUGCUAGGUGAAAUAAAUAUGAACGGAUAAAAAAACCAUAGUGGGAAAGCUGUCAGAAGAACACUACAAAGGGACGUUUUUAUUAAUUUAUAAAUUCAUUGCUUAGCAAUA